AUGCCUGAUUAUGCCCCAUUAUGCCCGAUUAUGCCCGAUUAUGCCCCAUUAUGCCCGAUUAUGCCCCAUUAUGCCCAUUAUGCCUCAUUAUGCCCCAUUAUGCCCGAUUAUGCCCGAUUAUGCCCCAUUAUGCCCCAUUAUGCCCCAUUAUGCCCGAUUAUGCCCCAUUAUGCCCAUUAUGCCCCAUUAUGCCCGAUUAUGCCCCAUUAUGCCCGAUUAUGCCCAUUAUGCCCCAUUAUGCCCUAUACGAGAAUUAUAGCUGCUCACAGUGUUCAGUUUGUCCGAUCAACAAAUUCAAUUUCCGGGAAAUCAGUUGGUACCCAAAACAUAUAG